CCCUUGAGGGGGGCAUAUUUUAUAUUUAAUUCUAAUAAUUCUACAUCGAAUGGGAAAGCAGGGUUUAGUGUUCUUCUCUGUCGCAGCUCACCUGUACGUGCACCUGUCUGCAGCAUUCAUACCUGCCCUGUAGUUCAUCAAACGCAACCAGGAAGUUUUUUUUUUAUUUUAGUCAGGAGUCGCAUGACGCUGACGUAACACGGAAUGCGGACUACAAACGCAUUGUGAGGAGUAAUUGACCUGAAAACAAGCCGAGAGACACCAGGGCUGCAGAAAAAUGCUCCGUUUUCUCUGCUGUUGCUGCUUCUCAGACGAAAACUCCAGCAACGAGAGGCAACCACUCCUGCAGCCCAGACCACCCCAAGUGAAUGGAGCUGAAUCCGCCAGGCAGGGCCGUCCAGCAGUCAGUGAUGAACAGACUGUGAAACGGAUUGGAAGGCUGGUGAUGAGGCGAGUGUGUCUGCCAGAGCUGGAUCGGAGAUUUGCAGACGUGGCUGAGACCUUCAACGAGCAGCAAGAACGCUACGAGGCCAUGGUCCGACACAUCAGGAACCUGCAGCAGAGCUACGACUGUACACGUUGUGGUUCUCUGGCUUUUGCUGAAUGUGUGCGCAAGAUCAGAGAGGAGCACAAAUCCACACACCGGGUCUCUCUUAAGAUUAAGGGCUACGGCUUCUCCCUCAGUGUGGUUCCUGUGGGGUCAGAGGGCGAAAGCGAGGAGGAACCGCUGCCUCCACGUCUGAAGUCGGCUCAAAAUGAGCUGAAGAGCACUUCUGAGAGCGCCAAGGCUGCCAUCUCAAAGGGCACCACACUUCAGGAGCUUAUUGGCUGGCUGCUUCGGAGCCAUGACCAAAUAGCAGAGCAAGUGAAAGGGGCAGCAGCAACUUACCAAGAGCAAGGACGACUGAAUGAGAAUCUGGAGGAGAACAUGAGGGAAGUGAAGAGGGCGAAGGAGCUGUCGCAGGAAUAUAGACAACGGGCCCAGGAAGUUCUCACUGAGGCUGCACAGAUCGCAGGGGCUCAUCUGUAGUUCACGCACCUUUAAUUGAUCAGACCGAAUGUGUACAGACUCAAAUACUGAAGCAGAUUACACACACUUUUUUGACAAUUGAGUUUAGAGAAGAGACUGCUUCACAGCCAGGCUAUAUGUUACAGCUGAGAUGGAACAGAAGCUGGCUGUCUGGCUCUCAUUCUUGGCAAACUUGCCAGGUACAGCCCACUAGAAGCUGGUUUUGUAGAACAGAUAAGGCUGACAAAUAUCACUAUGUGUAAUCUGUAACAACAUCAGACUUAGGUAGAAAUGUGCAGCCUUUAAAAAAAAUCAAUAGCAGUCAUAUCUCUGUUUUAAACGCUUUUUAAAAAAUUAUAAUAAAUACAGCAGCGACUCACUCUCACAUUUUAAAUACUGUUCAUUUGUAUAUGUAAGGAAUUAACUUUUCCUGAAUAGGUGUAAUUUAACCAGCUAACAUAAGGGGGCAUUGUAGGCUCACUGUCUAACAGUUUCUCUUCAAUUCCUCAGAUUUUACUCUGCCUCACAAAUGUCUCUCAGAAAGUGCACUACAUUGAUAAAGAAUCAAAGUAAUAAAUGUAUUGCUAUUACUAAUGUA